CGUUGCCAGCAACUCGCACCACAGUGACGAUUCAGCGAGUACGGUCCUCCUGUCAACUAAAAUAACAAGGCCAUCUAUAUUGCUGAUUCGCCAGUAUUUAAGCGUAUCAAUUAAUUCUUCUUUUUACUACAAUGGACGCCUCAUCUGCCCAGGUGAAGGUCGUCUUCACCACCAACGAGGAAGACCUCGUCCUCCCAGAGUCCAAGAGACAACUGCUCGUGCCAGCAGAUAUCAAGCGCUAUGGCCUCUCUCGCAUCUUAAACUCCGAGUCGAUGCUGGACACUUCAUCGCCAGUCCCUCUCGAUUUCCUCGCCAACGGCACCUUUCUGAAAACGAGCAUUGAAGAAUACCUCAAGUCAAACGGCCUGUCUCAGGAAACAACAUUGACUCUGCAAUACGUUCGCAGUCUUCUCCCUCCCGUCUACGAAGCCAGCUUUGAGCACGACGAUUGGGUUAGCGGCGUUGAUGUCCUGUCAUCGACUUCGCCCGCUGGUCUGCUUGCUGGAGAUGCUGCCGUGAAUGAGCGGGUUGCCAGUGCCUCUUAUGAUGGGCUUGUGAGGAUCUGGAAUCCCUCCGGAACGGCAAUUGCCGUCUCUGCUGGUGGUAAAGGCGAAGGACACACCCAGCGCAUCAACGCUGUGCGAUGGCUGUCACCGACUCAGCUGGCGUCGGCUGGUUUGGACCGAAAAGUCGUCGUCUGGGAUUACAAGGAAGCAGAUGAUGGCUUCUCCGGAACCCUCAAGCCCAACAUGGAACUUUGGGGCCACGGCAAGAACAUCAACAGCAUUGAUGUCAACGGUUCCACCCGUCGCAUCCUGACAGCCUCCUCGGACGGUCGCGUUGGCUUGUGGUCCGCCUCCAAGAGGACGGCGCCCCAGGCCGACCCCGAAUCACUCCCCUCAGCCCACAGCACCAAGCGAGCCAAGCUGUCCAACGCCGGCUCUACCGCUCAGCGUGGACCCCUUGCAAUGAUUCCUCUGCACGACGAGGCCGUCACUGCCGCCGUCUUCCAUCCCAAGGACUCGACCGUCGCCUACUCUGCGUCCUUGGACCACACGGUCAAGACGAUCGAUCUUACAACACAGCGAGAGGUGUCUCGCCUAACCACUAUGCACCCCAUUCUUUGCGCAACGGCACUGCCCGGUGCAUCGCUGGUGGCCGCUGGUUCUUCGGCACGACACAUCACCCUGCUGGACCCUAGGGAGUCUGCUGCCGCAACCGCCGCCAUGACCCUCCGAGGCCACGUCAACAUGGUUGUUUCGGUGGCUCCCUCCCCGGAAAACGACUACUCGCUGGUUUCUGGCUCACACGACAGUACGUGCCGCGUCUGGGAUCUGCGUAGCGUCCGGCUCGCGUCGUCCGAAGAGGGCGGCGGCAGCGUUAGCGAACCAGUCUACACCAUCGGAAGAGAGUGGUUGAAGGGCAAGAAGCUGCCUCCUGCUGGAGACGGCGCCAAGGUGUUGAGCGUGGUGUGGGACAAGACAUGGGGAAUCGUGAGCGGAGGAGAGGACAAGAAGGUUCAAAUCAAUCGGGGCAACGGGCUGCUGGCUUCAUAGAUGUAAAUUUCCUUAGAAUCGUGUCUCAAAUUUGAAUAUACCAAGGCUACAAUAUUAAUCUACACGCUAAGUCUAUCCGUUGCUACUUCUUGUCUUGUUGCAUUUCCGUUUGCUUCGUUUCCUCGUUGUCUCGCUUCAGCUCUUUUACUGCUUUUGAACACUCUUGAACGAAGGACCUAAACUUGUACAUGUACGGCUUCUCAAGGUCUAUAUGGCACACCACUUCCUUGUGUAGUCUGGGUGCAGGAUAGGGAAGCUUCUCCGUCUGUAUCGCAUCUACAAUAUACGCCGCAACAGUGGUAGUUAGCAGCGGUGGGUCUCUUAAGAGCGCAGCGAUAUCGGCAGGACAAAGGUCUUCAUUCCGAUACCAGAUGUAGUACGCCCUGAGGCGGACAGGGGUUGUGAUCGGCCAAGUCGCAUUGGCAGCAGUAUAGGCCUCGUUAUAUGCCUUCAUUUCUGCCUCGGCCGCAAUGAUCCGCGCGUCUCUAUUGUCUUGGGCCUUUGGCGGGCGUGGUCUCGAUCUUGCCUUUGCAGGCUUUGGGGCCGAUUCGCCCGAGGCUGAAGCUUCUGUGGCUGGAAUCUUCGAUAAGGAAGUUUCUGGUGAUUGAGUUUUGGGUUUGCGAUCUCUAGGCUUGGGAGCUCUAGGUUUAGGUAUGGAAG